UACAACUCAUUGUGUGUUUGCGUGUGUGUAUCUGUACCUGCUGCUAUAAAAACGGCGGGCGGCGAGCGGCCUGGCGAUUUUUGACGAUGGCCGCCGCGCUUCGUGUCGUGUGUUUGCUGAUGCUGCCCCUGUUGAGCGAGGCCGCGUUCACGUACAUGCCUGGCAAGCACCAUAAGAUGUUACACUUGGACUGGCCCCGAGAUUGCGGGAUGGCCUACUUCAAUCCCCACAUGGCCGAGAGGAUUGUGUCGGGCAACGAGGCCAGGCCGCACUCGUGGCCCUGGCAGGUCUCCCUGCAGGUUCGUCCCAGAGGCAGCAAACAUCACAUUCACGUCUGUGGAGGAACUCUGAUCCACAAGAAUUGGAUUCUUACUGCUGCUCACUGCUUCCAAAAGGGGAAGGCGGAGGAUGCCAGCUCGUGGAGGAUUGUGCUGGGCAAGCACCAGCUGAGGCGCUCCGAAACGGCCGAGAGGGUCUUCCCGGUUAAGCGUAUCUACCGGCACGAGAAUUUCCGUUACCCGGCACACAGUGAGCUGGAUUAUGACAUCGCCCUGGUGAAGGCCACCACCGACAUCCUCCCGUCCAACUUCAUCCGCUACGCAUGCCUGCCGCGCAAGAAAACCAUCCUCAAGCCAGGACAGUACUGCUGGGUGACCGGCUGGGGUGACACCCGGGGUGGGAAGGAAAAUGUUUCCCUGGCAGAGGCCCUGAACCAAGCCCGCCUCCCCAUCAUCGACUUCAAAACUUGUCGGCAGAAGAAGUUCUGGGGUGACCGCGUGCGGGACUCCAUGAUCUGCGCCGGCUUCAGGGACACAGAGGAUCCGCCCGCCGCCUGUCAGGGGGACUCGGGCGGUCCACUCCUGUGCCAGCUUGGCCGCGAGCGCUGGGAGGUCCACGGCGUGGUGAGCUUCGGCCCCAUUGGCUGCACGGUGGAGAACAAGCCCAGCGUUUUCACCCGCACCGGUGCUUACAUCCCCUGGAUCGAGGCCACGCGCAUCCGAGACUUCUUCCUGCACUGACGCAGCUUCCACAACAAUAUGAUGUUGGCUUUUUUUAUGGUAUUUCCCCGUGAUUUAUUUCAUCAGAUGACGGUUGACAUGUACUCUUCUUCUUGCAGUACAGCUUCUAAUGAUGAUCCCCGUGAAAUAAAUACAAGAGUAGCACUGAC